AUGAGCGUGCCCAAGUCGACCAACCCGGACGCCAAGUUCCCCGUACACGACGCGACUGCUUCGUUCUCGUUCCCCAAGGAGGAGGCCAAGACUCUCGAGUACUGGAAGGAGAUCGAUGCUUUCCAGACGAGCCUCAAGCAGUCGAGGGACGAGAAGCGGCCGCUGUGGAGCUUCUACGACGGCCCGCCUUUCGCGACGGGUCUGCCUCACCAUGGGCACCUCCUGAUGGGGGGGGUUAAAGACGUCGUCACCCGCUUCGCCCACUCGAACGGCUACCACGUCGAGCGCCGCUUCGGGUGGGACACGCACGGCCUUCCCGUCGAGCACGAGAUCGACAAGAAGCUCGGCAUCACGUCCAAGGCCGACGUCAUGGCCAUGGGCAUCGACAAGUACAACGCCGAGUGCCGGGCCAUCGUCAUGCGCUACUCGAGCGAGUGGCGCCAGACGGUCGAGCGCCUCGGCCGGUGGAUCGACUUUGACAACGACUACAAGACGCUCAACUCGUCGUUCAUGGAGUCGGUCUGGUGGGUGUUCGGCCAGCUGUGGAAGAAGGACCUCGUCUACCGCGGCCUCAAGGUCAUGCCCUACACGACCGGCUGCACGACGCCGCUGUCCAACUUCGAGGCCGGGCAGGCCUACAAGGACGUCCAGGACCCGGCUGUCACCGUCGCCUUUACGCUCACCGACGACCCGACGACGUCGUUCCUCGCGUGGACGACGACGCCCUGGACGCUCCCGUCGAACCUGGGCCUGUGCGUCCACCCCGACUUCACCUACAUCAAGAUCCACGACACCGAGCGCGACGUCAACUUUAUCCUGUGCGACAAGCUCCUCGGCACCCUGUACCGCGACGCUGCCAAGGCCAAGAAGGAGAAGAAGUACACCCUCGUCGAGUCGUACAAGGGCAAGGACCUCGUCGGCAAGACGUACGAGCCGCUCUUCCCGUACUUCAAGGAGAAGUUCGAGGGCCGGGCGUUCCGCGUCGUCUCGGACACGUACGUGACCGACACGUCCGGCACGGGCAUCGUCCACCAGGCGCCGGCGUUCGGUGACGACGACCACCGCAUCGCCGUCGCCAACGGCAUCGUCGCUCGCGAGGAGAUGCCGCCGUGCCCGAUCGACGAGAAGGGCGUCUACACGGACGAGGUGACCGACUUCGAGGGCCUUUACGUCAAGGACGCCGACAAGGUCAUCGUCAAGUACCUCAAGAACAACGGCAAGAUGAUCGUCGCGACGACCCUCACCCACUCGUACCCCUUCUGCUGGCGCUCGGGCACGCCCCUCAUCUACCGCGCCAUCCCCGUCUGGUUCGUGCGCGUGCAGAGCCACCAGGACAAGCUCGUCAAGAACAACCAGGCGACGCGGUGGGUCCCGGCCUCGGUCGGCGAGAACCGGUUCCAGAACUGGCUCGAGAACGCGCGCGACUGGAACGUGAGCCGGAACCGGUACUGGGGCACGCCGCUCCCGCUGUGGGCGAGCGAGGACUACGAGGAGAUUGUCUGCAUCUCGUCGAUCGCCGAGCUCGAGGAGCUGUCGGGCGUGACCGGCAUCACGGACCUGCACCGCGACAAGAUCGACCACAUCACGAUCCCGAGCAAGAAGGGCAAGGGCGACCUCAAGCGCGUCGAGGAGGUCUUUGACUGCUGGUUCGAGUCGGGCAGCAUGCCCUACGCCCAGGUCCACUACCCGUUCGAGAACAAGGAGCAGUUCGAGCAGUCGUUCCCGGCCGACUUCAUCUCCGAGGCGAUUGACCAGACGCGCGGCUGGUUCUACACGUUGCUCGUCCUCGCGACGCACCUGUUCGACACGGCGCCGUGGAAGAACCUCAUCGUGUGCGGCCACGUCCUCGCGGCCGACGGCAAGAAGAUGUCCAAGUCGCUGCGCAACUACCCGGACCCGAACAUGAUCCUCGACAAGUACGGCGCCGAUGCCCUGCGCCUGUUCCUCAUCAACUCGCCCGUCGUGCGAGGCGACUCGCUCCGGUUCAAGGAGGAGGGCGUCAAGGACGUCAUCUCGCACGUCCUCCUCCCGCUCCUCAACUCGUUCCGGUUCUUCCUCGGCCAGGCCGCGCUCUUCAAGAAGGACCAGGGCGUCGACUUCAAGUACGACCCCAAGAGCUUGGGCAGCUCGAACGUCAUGGACCGGUGGAUCCUCGCGCGGUGCCAGACGCUCAUCAAGAACGUCAAGACCGAGAUGGAGGCGUACCGCCUGUACACCGUCGUCGCGCAGAUGCUCACCCUCAUCGACGAGCUCACCAACUGGUACAUCCGGUUCAACCGCCGCCGGCUCAAGGGCGAGAACGGCCUCGAGGACACGACGCACGCGCUCAACACCCUGUUCGAGACGCUGUUCACCCUCGUGCGCACCCUGUCGUGCUUCACGCCGUUCAUCACCGAGCACAUCUACCAGGGCCUGCGCCCGUUCUUCCCGGCCGACGAGGCGUCGCUCGAGGUCGGAUCCGACCUGCGGUCGCUCCACUUCCUGUCGUUCCCCAAGGCGCGCGACGAGUACUUUGACUCGGUCAUCGAGCGCCAGGUGUCGCGCCUGCAGGCCGUCAUCGAGCUCGGGCGCACGGUGCGCGAGCGCAUGGUGGUGCCGCUCAAGACGCCGCUCGCCGAGCUCGUCGUGUUCCACCCGAGUCAGGAGUACCUCGACGACGUCGCGUCGCUCCUGCCGUACGUCGAGCAGGAGCUCAACGUGCGGUCGGUCGUGCUCACGUCGGACGAGGAGCGGUGCGGCGUCAAGUUCCGCGCCGACGCCGACUAUGCCGUCCUCGGCCGCAAGCUGCGCAAGGACCUCGCGCGCGUCAAGAAGGCGCUCCCGGGCGUGUCGAGCGACGCCGUCAAGCAGUACCUCGCGACGGGCAAGAUCACGGUCGACGGCGUCGAGCUCGUCGAGGGCGACCUCGCCGCGACGCGGUACGUCGAGCUGCCGGCCCGGGUCGAGGGCGGCCCGCACUACGAGUCCAACACGGACAGCGACGUCGUCGUCCUCCUCGACGUCCUCAAGCGGCCCGAGCUCGAGCAGGAGGGCACGGCGCGCGAGGUCGUCAACCGUGUGCAGCGCCUGCGCAAGAAGGCCGGCCUCGUCGCGACCGACGACAUCGACGUCUACUUCUCGUUCGCCGACGGCCUCGGCAAGGAGCUCGAGGACAUUAUCCUCGCGAGCGGCGACGUGAUUGGCAAGACGCUCAAGCGCGCGCCGAGGCCCCGCCGCGAGUGGGACGGCCAGCGCGAGGUCGUCAUCGAGGAGGAGCAGGAGGUCGGCGACGACAAGAUUGUGCUCACGCUCGUGCGUGCGUAGACGACGCAGAGAGUCUCUCCCUCCCUCUCUGUCUCUCUUGAGAUCCCUCUUCCGUCCCUCGUCUCGACCUCUCUCUCUCCCUUAGGUCCUUCUCCUUGUUCUCACCUGCAAAGCCACCUUCUUCUUCUCGGCUCUC